GCCUCAAAGAAUAACAGCACAAUUCAAUGAUAGUCGCCGGGUGGCAACUCAAGACGGAGGGAACACCAGUACUAUACUGUACUGGUCACGUGCCUGCGCAUGGGGGCGCAAACAAAUAGCACGGUGCUCGGCCGCGCCUGAGACGAAUCGCGUACCAAUGUGUAUUGGUCGCCACGCGGCAAUGCACGGCGCAACAAAGACGGGCUCACUAUGUUCGCCAAGUGGCAACGCUGGGCGGCACAGAACAUAGCAUGACAAACAACACAUAUAUUCCUCUAGGCGAAAUUGGACAAUGCUGGAAGCAGCCGGCGGCGGGCCACGAAUUCCGACUCGCCCAAAUGACGACCGCGACGAACUCUUCCUGUUCCUCAGUGUCGACCUGCUCCCCAUGCUCGCGGUGCACCUCGCCCUCCUCGCCGUUCUCCGUUCUUUGCUCUUCGUCCUCCCCGUCCCCCACGUCGUCUGCCUUCGCCUCGUACUCCUCCUCGUCCUCCACCAGAGGGAGGCGCGCCCAGCACUCGGGCGGACAUGCAAGGUACCAGCUGGUGCGCCAGAGACCAGCGAGCGGGCCGGUGCUUCAAGCAGGGAAUCAAGCAAUCGUUCCUCUCGGGAUGCCUCCGCCUCUUCUCUUCUCCCGCCAUGUUGACGAUGGCCAGACUUUAGCUCAAGGGCUGCAGCGCCCUUGGCAGAAGGAAAUCAGUGCGAGGCCGACUUGGGAACCCCACGUUACAGAUUGGGCAUGGCGGGCACCGCGGGAAAGGGAACGGCGACAGAGGCAAGAACAAAAACAAUUUUGG